CGCACAGGCCGAGCGAGGAUCAGCAAAGCUUUAUCUCCAGAGUUAAGUGUGUGUGUGUGUGUGUGAAAUGAGUCUGCACUAGAGUACCGCAGAGAAGACGCGCCUCCCUCCGCCACAGUGCCACGGAGAGGCCACGCGUGCGUCUGGAGAGUCGGCGUGUGCGGCUGUGCGCGCGGGGAUGGAUCAGCUAGCCGCCGCGGGCACCGGAGGGACCUUCAUUUCCCUGAGCGACACUGAGCAUAGAUGUUACUCCGGGCUCUACGCGCUGUGCCAGCCCGACAGCACCGGCACACCGGCGGCGGGGAAGGUGGCGGAGCUGUUCCUGGCGUCGCAGCUGCCGGCGGAGACUCUGCAUCAGAUAACUGAGAUGUGUGGUGCUAAGCGGCUAGGCUACUUCGGAUGUGGACAGUUCUACAUAGCUUUGAAGCUGCUGGCCGCAGCACAGACUGGUCUGCCGGUACGUCUGGAGAGCAUUGUGGGCGAACUUCCUCUGCCUGUGUUUGUGGGAAUAACACGCGAGCCUGAGAUGCGUUACCCCAAUCACACCUCAACGAAUGAGAGCCAGACUCACACCCUGGGCUCGGUUGCAAGUUCCAUCUCUCGUCUCCCUGCUGACAGGCCUUUCAUCAGACACCCUGAUACCAGCAUGGACAAACAGGAGGCGUGGUCUCCACCGCGGUCACCUGACGUCUCCCCACCCCGCUCGCCAUCAGCCUAUCACAGCUAUCCAUAUGGUGCACAAAGAAACGGAGCAGGUGCGCUAAUGGGGUAUGAUGGUAAAUUGCCAAGUUGUUCCAGCACUCCUCAGGAAAACUCGUCUCCCAGUCAUUAUUCCAUCAAACUGCAGUCGGAGCAGCCUGCCAUCACACGGGUUCCAUCUGUAGAGCGUUUGGUGGAGAGGAAUGAGGUUGAUUACUCCGACGACCCCUGGCGAAUCACAGAGGAACAGCGUGAAUACUACACCAACCAGUUCAGGAGUCUACAGCCUGACCUCAACGCUCUCAUACUGGGGACUGUUGCAAAAAACUUCUUCACCAAGUCGAAGCUUCCCAUUCCAGAGCUGUCUCAUAUAUGGGAACUGAGUGAUGUAGACAAAGAUGGCGCUCUCACUUUCCCAGAGUUCUGCACUGCGUUUCAUCUUAUUGUGGCCCGUAAGAAUGGCUACCCUCUUCCUGAAACACUCCCACUCACACUCAGACCAGGUUAUGUGGAACAGGGUGUAGUUACAGCGCCACUAUCCGAGGCGAUUCAACCGCUCAUCGUCUUUGAUGACAAAAUGACAUCUGGAGCCAGUCAUCUGGAAAUGGGUUCUGUUGACCUUCCGAUGACCCCUAGACCAGGUUUGAACACUUCUAUACAUGACACAAGAGAAGAGAGCAGAAAUUCAGCAGAAUUCAGUCCGAAGAGAAUACCAGAUCCUCAUCAUGAGAAGCCAGUACAGCGAGUCAGCACUUUAAAACCAGAUUCUCUACAAGAGCUUGAUGUUAAUAUGAAGUCAAGAACACGGCCCAGGUCGUAUUCCAGCACCUCUAUAGAUGAUGCCAUGAAAAAGGUUGAGGAGCCGCCCACACCUCCACCCCGACCCCAGAAAACUCACUCCCGCGCCUCCUCGCUUGACCUCAACAAACUCUUCCAACAGAGCGGCCAAGGUAGCAAAAGUGGUUGGUUGCCGCCGCCUCCAGCUCUCCCUCCACGACCUCCAGCUACACAGAUCUUCAACUUUCACCCUGGCUCAGACAAGAAGGCUGUGAAGCAGCCAAACUUUGCAGACUUCAGCAGGUUCAGGGAGGAAACCAGUGCAGCACCUCAAACCAUAAGACCCGGGAUCAGAGGAGGUCCCAGCACAGAAGAUCUAGCGCUUCCUAAAACCGAUUCUACAGGGUUACUCCAAAGCCACACCCCUCAGAAGCCAGUACGAAGAAAGCUCCACCCUGAAAGCCAGAGUACCACGGCCCCCUCGGCCACGCCCUACUCUGCUGCCACACUGACCAAAUCCACACAGAGGUUGCCUCCCAAACAGAAGAGAGAGAUCCAGAUGGCUAUAAGGAAGAACCGAGAAACCAACGCAGUCCUGACCCGCCUCAACAGUGAACUACAGCAACAGCUAAAGGUUGUGCAUCGGGAGCGAGUUACUUUGGAAUCCCAGUUGGAGUUACUGCGGCCCGUGGCAUCAACCUGACCCAACACACACACUCUUUCUUUCUUUCUUUUUUUUUUGUCUUUCUACACACACAUCUUUCAAUAUGACGAUGGCAAACCUGGAUUCUGUCUAAACCCAUGAGCUAUAAUACAGUCACAUGACAGGAAACUCUUUUUAAGUGACCAAACAUUACCUCCAUAAAGGUGGAGAAUAAGAAGUUUGUUCUGUUUGUUUUGUUUGUUCAAGCCUGUGUUUUUACAGCAAAAUUAUCUUAGUAUAUUUCAAACAAGAUGCGUUUACUUGAGAAGCAAUAUUGUGUAAGAUAGUAUGCAUUCUUUUCAAAGAGUAUAUCUGGAAAGCGUGCAUUUUUCUUAUAAUAUUGAUUAAAUAGUUAUUUUUAUUGUUUUAGAUACAUUUAGAUUUAGUGGUGUUUAUGCCUAAAACAAGAAAACAAAUAUUUUGCCAAUGAGAUAAGAAAAAUGUACUUAUUUCAAGAUAUAUUCUCUCAAGUAAAUGUAAAUUGUUUAAGGAGAUUUCAGUAUUUUUAUCAGGAAACAGGACAAAAAUACUAAAUUAUAUUUUUGCAGUGAAAUGCUUUAAAUCAAAGAUAAACUUGAUUCCAGAAACCUGGAAAUUUAUGUUUGGUCUGGUUUUGUGCUUUGUUCGACAAAUACAAUAAUGCAUCAAGCAUUGCCGUGAUGUAAUUAUCGUAAUUUAAUUAACUUGAAUGUGUUUGAGGCCGAUCCUUUUCCACCAAGAAUGAGCUUAUAAGGGUGAUUCUCACACUGACAUGUUCAGGUCACAUUUUCAACCCAAAAUCAAAAGAAAAAAAUAUAAAUUAUUAUCUUAUUUUAUUUUUUUAUUUUUUUUUUUGCAUUAUGACAUUACUUUCAUUACAAUCAAGUACAUCGUGAUUCUGGAUUUUUUCUCCCAUUCAUUGUAAUUAUUCUCAAUGGUGAUUCUCAUUAGAUUUAUUUUAAAAUUGUGAAUAUUUUUAUUUUAUUUAUUUUUUUACAUUUAUAUCAGCAUAAAUUGCAUACAUUUUAACAUGAUGGAUAAAUAUGCAUUAUUUAUAAUAUAUAAUAAUAAAUGAAUUAAUAAUGAAUCAUUAUAAUACAAUACUAUUAUAAAGUAAUAAUGUCAUAAUUAUAUAUUAAUAUAUAUAUGCAUAUAUACUGUAUAUAUAAUUGACAUUUUUAUUAUUUUAUAUAUAUAUAUAUAUAUAUAUAUAUAUAUAUUAUCAUUAAAUAUUAUACACCAACAAUCUUCAUGGUCCUAAAAUAGCCUUUAUUUUCUAUAAGUAAAAUAUAAUUUCUUAUUUUUUCUUUUUGUUUUUGGGGUGAAAUAUGACCCACACAUGAAGUUAUAUCAGGUUUCGUGAGAUUAACCCAUAAAGAACACUGGUAAAACUCUGAAUAAUCAUUUUUAUGUGAGAUGGGACAAAGUUUAGGACAUGUGUUUGUAAAGAUGUGGAAUUUUUGUCAUAAAGACUCCUAAAAUCUGAAUGUAUUUGUUUUUACACAUCUAGUUUUGAUGGCAUGUUUUAUGUGGAGUUUUUUGACAAUAGAGAAAUGUUAAAUACUGGAAUGUUAGAGGAUAUAGACGUUUGAAAGCCACAUGUACAUUAACCUCAGAUUAAAUGAAUGAGGGGGAUCCAAUGAUUGUGCUUGUUCUGUAUCACAAAAACUUUGGGUGUCACAAAAUAGUAAUGUCAAAAAGAAAUGAUUUGAUUCAUUUCCUUUUAUUGCUCACAAUGUCCUUUAUUAUUAUUUUUAACAUUUCUAACUGUCUUAAAUCAACAUGGGUAUUUUGCGGAAAUUACAGGACCGGUAAUUAUGAAAUGUCAAAAAAGGUUGUUUAAAAAAAUUUAUCAAAUGAAAACCAGCAACUGCAAAAAAGUAAAAAAUGUCUGUAUUUUUUGUUUUAAUGUGUGCAAACAACUUUCCUAUGCAAAAAAUAAAAAUAAAAAAUAUGAUUUUGCAGGCAAAGCUUGUUGUUGGCCAAGUUGUUUGUUUUUGAUACUAAUCACAUACACUGUGUACUGAUACAGGAAUGUGAUAUCUGUGAGUGAGUUGUAAUUAUGGGGGGAAAUGGUGUGUGAUUGUAAUUUUAGGUUUCCUUAGGCAUUCUGUCAAUAGUAAAAAAAUAAAUAUAAUUUCAACUCAAAAUUGUGUUACAGUAAUGCACUUACACGGAAGUCUAUGGGGCAAGACAAUGUACCAGAAUAAACAUUCCAAUUUUGAAAGUAAA